CCCGGGGAGAGUAGACAGGAGGGCAUCUCACAGGAGGAAGGCAGAUGAAGUUUAAAAGCAGGAGCCCAGCAGGCCAGGCCCAGAGUGGGACCCACGGGCUCUGUGUCCCUUCUCCCUGAGAGCGGUUGGGGUCCCUGCCCUGGCCACUGCCCCGGGCUCUGGAGAGGGCACUAGACGGAGCUAGGUGGGAGGCCCAACUUCCAGGGUUCUGGACUCUGCCCAGGAACCGGCACUGAAAAGAGAAGACGGGCCGAAGUGCAAGCAGGUCAAAGUCAUCUUGUCCCCGUGGAAAUACACGCUCCUGUCCAGGCACGAAAGUAACUCGUUCACCACAAAUACAAGGUCUGACACAUGGAAGACAAGACACCAAAACCAGGAGAGUCCAUCUCGCUCACAUCUGUGGCUAAUGGUCUGGAGAACAUGGGGGCUGAGUUCUUGGAAAGCCUGGAGGAAGGCCGGACCCCUGGCGACGUCUUAAGUCCUGCAGAGGAUGGGGACAGCUGGACGGAGGCCCGCCCGGAGCCCUUCUCAGGCUGGAGGAGCCUGUCGCCAGCCCUGAGGGCCCGACGCUUCUGCAGGGAGCACGCGCCGCUCUGUCGAUGGAUCUGCACCGGCCUGCUCUGUGCUGCGUUUGCUGCCUUCCUGCUGAUUGCCAGCCUCCUGGAUUUCCAGAGGGCCCUGGCACUGUUCGUCCUCACCUGUGUGGGGCUCACUGUCCUCGCCCACAGCCUGCUGAAGAGACUGCUGGGGCCCCCACUGCGGAGGUGUGUGGAGCCUCUGGGACGUGACCGCCUGGGCCUCUGGUUUGAGAGGGGUCUGGCCCUCACUGCUUGCCUGGGCUUGGUGUUGUGGCUGGUUCUGGACACUUCCCAGCGACCUGAGCAGCUAGUGUCCUUUGCAGGAAUCUGCGUGUUCGUCAGCCUUCUCUUUGCCUGCUCCAAGCAUCACCGCGCAGUGUCCUGGAGGGCUGUGUCCUGGGGCCUUGGGCUGCAGUUUGCACUCGGACUCUUCGUCAUCAGAACGGAACCGGGAUUUAUCGCAUUCCGGUGGAUGGGCAACCAGAUCCAGAUCUUCCUGAGCUACACGGACGUCGGCUCCAGCUUCGUGUUUGGGGAGGCGAUGGUCAGGGGUGUCUUUGCCUUUCAGGUUCUGCCCAUUGUCAUCUUCUUCAGCUGUGUCAUGUCCAUGCUCUACCACGUGGGCCUUAUGCAGUGGGUGAUCCAGAAGAUCAGCUGGCUGAUGCAGGCCACCAUGGGCACCACGGCCACGGAGACCCUGAGUGUGGCUGGAAACAUCUUUGUAAGCCAGACCGAGGCUCCUCUGCUCAUCCGGCCCUACCUGGCCGACAUGACCCUCUCUGAGAUCCACGCGGUCAUGACCGGAGGCUACGCCACCAUUGCCGGCAGCCUGCUGGGCGCCUACAUCUCUUUUGGGAUCGAUGCGGCCUCCCUGAUUGCUGCCUCCGUGAUGGCCGCCCCUUGUGCCUUGGCCCUCUCCAAGCUGGUCUACCCGGAGGUGGAGGAGUCCAAGUUUAAGGGCACGGAAGGGGUGAAACUGACUGCAGGAGAUGCUCAGAACCUCUUGGAAGCCGCCAGCAGCGGGGCCGCCGUCUCCGUGAAGCUGGUUGGGAACAUCGGAGCUAACCUGAUUGCCUUCCUGGCGUUGUUGGCCUUCGUCAACGCGGCCCUCUCCUGGCUGGGAGCCAUGGUGGGUGCCCAGGAGCUCAGCUUCCAGCUCAUCUGCUCCUACGCCCUGAGGCCCGUGGCCUUCUUGAUGGGCGUGGCCUGGGAGGACUGCCCGGUGGUGGCAGAGCUGCUGGGGACCAAGCUGUUCCUGAACGAGUUCGUGGCCUACCAGGAACUGGCCCAGUACAAGCAGCGCCGCCUCGCGGGAGCAGAGGAGUGGGUCGGCACCAAGAAGCAGUGGAUCUCCGUCAGAGCAGAAAUCCUCACGACCUUCGCCCUCUGUGGAUUUGCCAACUUCAGUUCCAUUGGGAUCAUGCUGGGAGGCCUGACCUCCAUGGCUCCCCAGCGGAAGAGCGACUUCUCCCAGAUAGUACUCCGGGCGCUCUGCACGGGGACCUGUGUGUCCCUGGUGAAUGCCUGCGUGGCAGGGAUCCUCUAUGUGCCCCGGGGGGCGGCCGACUGCAUGACCCUCCUGAACACAACCGUCGGCAGCAGCAGCUUUGAGGUGUACCAGUGCUGCCGUGAGGCCUUCCAGAGCCCCAGCCCAGCGGUCAGCCAAGAGGCCCUGGACGUCUGCUGCCGGUUCUACAACGACACGAUCUGCGUGUAGCGGGGACAGCCUGUUUUUGGCCUCCUGGGGGCUACUCUUCCCCAUGACACGGCUGUCCCCACCUUUCUCUCUCCAGGACCCCCCUGGUGGAGGCCACGGGGCUGAGACUCCCCUGGGUCACAUGGUUGGGAAGGAAGGAUGGGGUGAACGGGCUGGGACUGGAUGGUGUGGACAUAGUGAUGGCUGCCCCCGGUCUUUGCCCCCUUCCUGCUCCCUCCCGAAAUGCGAGUUCUCAGGGUCACCUCUGCCUCCUCUUCUCUCCCCUCCAUAUGCAAACAGCACCCUGGUAGUCUCUGUCUCCCCACUGUGCGUCUCUCCCAUGCACCCUUCCCUCCAGGUAUGGGGUCCGUCACCCUGAGCUUUGCACCCUCCCUCCUCUCACACUGGAAUCUUCUGUGGCUUGCCCGGGCAGAUGGGUUCUCCUGGGAACCCCUUCCUUUCUUUCAGAGGCUCCCCUGCUGCCUUUGCCCUAAGCAUUCCCAAACUGGUGUCCGUGGAACACUGCCCCAUGAGGUGUUCAGAAGGUUCCAUGACACACCAGGCUUGGAAAACACCGGGCUAAAUAAAGCUAGAUGGGUUUUUCUUUA